GAUGGCGGACGAUCUAGACCGGCUCCUGGACGAGGUGGAGAGGCGGCUGUGCCAGCGGCACGGCAUCGGCGAGGAGCACGAAGCGGAGAGGCGGCUGUGCCGGCGGCACGGCAUCGGCGAGGAGGAGCCCGCGGCGGCCAAGGAGGGCAGAUCAGCUAAAGUGUUAAUGAGUGCUGGCAGCAGCGAAGAAGAUCUAGACAACAUUAUUGAUGAAAUCUGUAAUGACAGCAGCUUUACCAAAACACCUCCGAAGUUGAAGUCUAAUUCUGCAAGUCUCACACCUGAAAGAAAUAGUCUUGUUGUACAGGCACAUGGGAAAAGAUGCUGUCCAGUGUACUUGGGUGGAAGCCUUUCACCAUCUGGGAUAGGAACAAAUAUUUCAAAAAGAGCGUGCGAUCAGCUGCGUUGUACUGCUUGUGACUUCCGCGUGUCACUUUUCAAUGACUACGUCUGGGAUCAGUCCUGUGACUAUCUUUUUUUCAGGAAUAACAUGCCUGAGCUCAGUAAACUAAGAGCAAAGAUGAUAAAGAAGAAAGGAGCACGUGCAUAUGCUUGUCAGUGCAGCUGGAGAUCCAUUGAUGAAUUAACUGACCUGCAAACAGAGCAGCAGCUUCGGUGGGUUUGUGGUAAACAUGGAGAAUGAAGUCUUCUUGUGUGGGAUAUCUACUUGUCUGGAAAUGGCUCUUAAAAUCAAUUUGUUUCCCGUGCAGUUCUCUGAGAACAGAUGGAAAAUUGAAUACUUAGAUCCAGAAAUAGAUUAUAGCACCUUGAGACUCUUCCUCACAUCUAGCAGAGAGCCUCAUUUCCCAUGUCUGCAGAAUCCUGGAUUCAAAAUGGUGGGUUGGGAAACAACCAUGACACACAAGCAUAUGAAUUUCUGCACAGAAGUGAAUCCUGCUCUUCUGCUUUGCUCAUUGUUGUUAAUGAGCAAGUGGUUGUUUAUCUCUUAAAAAAUUACUAUGGGAUCAGCUCUCAUCUUCAAGGUUUCAGCACACCCCCAAACUUUACUUACUUUUACCCAUCAGUAACCAAAACUGCAGGUGCUGAACAUUUUCUUCCAAUUCCUACUGCUUUCUUCAGAGCACUUUCUGCUGACUAAGGACUUCUGCCACAAUGAAUUUCUUGAACUUCUCUUCAGCCCUCACUGCACAAGAGAUGAAAAAAUUAUUGUGCAAUUAUUAAAUGUUCAGUUUUUAAAUAUGCAAUUUUAAAGAUUUUGAAGGGUAUGUUACUCUUUUUAUCAGUAUUUUUAAGGGAAAAAGGCUCAAGCUUUUAAGAGUGAGAAAAUAUAAAUCCCUACUGAUGUUCAAAUUCAGAUUUUUUUUAAGUUUCACUUACCUUUCACUUCAGCUUCUCUUUAAAAAAAUUUGUAUUCAGAAAGUGCAACUGUCCUGUUUCAACAUACUCCCUUCCCUCAGUAACUUGUUACUUGGUGAGUUGUGUUUCUUACAGUCAGUCACUAUAGUUAAUGAGCUUUUUCUUUUCAUUAUGUAUACAUAACACAGAAGAUAGAUUUCAGUUUUAGGCAGGGGGAGAGGGAGGAAGGAAUAACCAGCCCUGUCAUUUACUACAUUGAAAAGUGUCUCAGUAUGGGAAGUAUGUCAGUGUUUUUGCUGUGCCGUAUGUGUAUCUGUACAGAUAAAUUCAGAAUUACUUACUUUGCACAAUUCUAGCUGUACAGAGCCAUUUCCCUUUUUCUGAAGUUUUGCUCAUGGUUCUAGUCUGUAUAUUUGUUCUGUUUCUGAGCCUUCCCAGAACAAUUGUGUGGUCUUACAGAGGUGAUUCCUGUGUCUGUCGCCCUCUGAAAGAGCAGAUCUCAGUAGUGAUCAGAGGCAUCACACACUCUGCACCCUGCUUACCUUGUCCUUCCAAGAGUGCUUGUUCUAGAGCCUGCAGAGGCCCAGCAGUGUGCCUGGGAAGUCUGGCAGUGCUUCCUCGGUGCUCCAGACUGCUCCUUCCAGUGCCCAUGCAGCCUUGCUGCAGUCAGAGGUGAGUUAGCUUUGGAGAGGUACUACUUGGCAUGAUGGUGUAGACAUAUUUAGGGUCAUGUGUUGUUUUCAAUGAAUUUAGUAUUUCGGGCUGAGGUUUCAACUCCUAGAGUCCAAAACUGCAGUUUCAGGACCAGGGACCAGUUGACUACUGCUCAGACAGCUCCUAAAAGAGCUCUGCUUGCCUUUCUGUCCUUUGUGAAGAUGUAGCCCUGGUCUGGGCUGUAUGCAUUGAGUGUUCCUGGGUGUUCUUCAAGUGGGCCCAAGCGGCUUUCAUGCCUAGAGAACAUGAGUGCUAAGAAUAAGAGAAGAACCCAGAGGCAGGUAACAAGCUCUUGGGAGGAAGAAACCUGCUUUCCAUUCUUCUCAAAGAAUGCAUUUCAAAAAGUGCUGAGUUGUCUUGGCUUUUGUGUUUCAAGGCUAUUUGAAACUUAUGACAAAGUAAUUCCACAUGGUUUCUUUUGGCUAGAAUUGUACUGGAACUUGUGCCACAGUGUAGAAACAAGUUGGACUUGCAAUCUGUGAGCCAAAAAUGGGGAAAAUCCUAAUUCCCAUCUCAGUUCAUGAGACCAAGUCUUAUGUGACUAGGAAAGGGAUGGUGGAGUGUCUCCUGUACCCUGAAGACCCCCCUGGAAUAAUCAGGUAUAUUCAAGUGUAAUUGUUUCUGGCCUUGGUCAGAGUGGUGGAAUAUGACAGCUUUUUGUCCAAGGGAAGUUGUAAACAGGUACAGAAUAGUACUUCUUGUACAGGUUUUCAGAAUUUAUCAUAUUUCUAGAUUUGAGAAUAAUUGCUGCGUCAUUAGAUACAAUUAUUUUGUUGGAGGGAGGAGCAGUAUUAAGAUUUGAUUCCCUUUCCUUUGCUUUCUUCAGUUAAAUCUUACAAACCACUCCAAAGUCCUCAGAUGAAAAGAAUGUAAAGAAAGGUAAAACUAGGGCUUGAGUGUUCAUCUGAUGAAGGUAUUGUCAGAUUGUACAAGGUUCUCAAGAUGUUGUAGCCCAGACCCUAAGUGAUAUUUCUGUGUUGGUUAUCUGAGAUAGGAGGGAUUAUGUACAGAAUUCUGUUUAAGAGUAUGUAAAGAAUUCUGUUUAAGAAUGCAACUCAGCUGUUGUCGAAUGGAAGUACUGGAGAAGAGUGUUGCUAAGUAUAAACAUAACCACUGUUUUCCUCCAAUUUUUUGCUUUGGAAUAUUAAUACCAUUUCCAAUUGUGAAAUGGGCAAGGUGAAAAGUUAACACUUUUAUUUUGCUUACUGAUACGCUUUGAAAUUUUCUGGCCUGUCCCAUUAGUCUGCAGCAGAUCCCUCAAAAAAACAAGCAAUGAAGGAUGACAAAAUGAGAUUCCAUCAACUUCUAAUAUGCUGCUCUGACUUAACUUUCACUUGUUUUACCUGCAAACUAUGGAGGGUGAAUAUAGCUGAGAAGAGUCAUUAUUAAGACUUGACCUGCCAUUAAAGUUAACUUACAGAAGCAUAAUAUCAUUACAUAUUGCUCUGCACUGUAUUAUAUCAAAUAAAGAUUUUUUUUGUCCUAACACCUAUUUUAGUUUUGUACAGAAGAUAUUCUGCAAAUGCUGCCACUUGCUGAAAGACUGCCACUUCUCUUGUUUCCUGACAUGUGAGUCUUUGGAUCAUGUCACCAGCACAUGUGGUAGUCACACAAUACAUGAAGUGCUGUGUUGGGAGCUGCAUACACAAAUUUCUCUUCCUGCCAGGCCCUUUUUUCAAAAGACCGGACAUUCUGUGCGUGGUGUGACACCUGGUAACUGCAGGCAGGUGGAGUAAAGGAACAUCAGGUGCUGCUCAUUUGUGAGGGCUACAUCUGAUGCCUAGGGUUUGGCUUGUGUGCUUUGAGAAAGUUCUUCAAAUGUCAGCGCUUA